AUGAGCGAAUUGUCUCGUCCACGAAGGAUGAUGCUGCUGGUGAAUCCACAGAGCGGGAAAGGACAGGCGCUCACCCUGUACAACAACCACAUCCAACGGAUGCUCAACGAGGCCAGCGUCCAACACACUCUGGUUAUAACUGAGCGGCAGAACCACGCCCGAGAGCUGGUGAGAGAGGCCGACCUGUCGCAGUGGGACGCUUUAGUCAUCAUGUCAGGAGAUGGACUUCUGUAUGAGGUGAUAAAUGGCCUGCUGGAGAGAGCAGACUGGGAGGAGGCCAUCCGCACCCCUCUGGGUAUCCUUCCUGGUGGAUCAGGCAACGCCUUGGCUGCAUCCAUACAUCACUACUCUGGAGCGUCUCCGGUGUCCAGUGAGGAGCUCCUGGUCAGCUGUGGUUUCCUGCUCUGUAAAGGACUGGUGUCCCGUAUGGAUCUGGUCUCCAUCCAUCUCUUCUCCAGCCCUCGUCUCUUCUCCUUUCUCUCUCUGGCCUGGGGAUUUGUGGCGGAUGUGGACAUAGAGAGCGAGAAGUACCGUCAUGUGGGAGCCGCCAGGUUCACUGUGGGCACGCUGGUGAGGCUGGCUUCUCUCCGUGUCUACAAAGGAAAGCUGGCUUACCUGCCUGCCGCCAAAGACUACAGCAAUGAGGAAGGCAUGAGAAACAACAUGACACUGCACUGCAACAAUCAAGCGUCCUCCCUGAGUCUGGCCUCUGCGCUGUGCCGCCAGUCUAGAGACUCUUCCUGUCAGAACACCUUCCAUAACUCCUGCCACUCCAACAACUCCCUCAAAGUGCGGAGGACGGAGAGCACGCCUUCCAGAAGCGCCACCAAAGCUCUCCCUGGCCCACCUGACUCCCUGCUGCUGCCCCUGGACCAGCCGCUGCCCAGUGAUUGGGUGGUGGUCCAGGAGGAAGACUUUGUCCUCAUUCUGGCCAUGUACCAGUCCCACCUGGCGGAGGACCUGCUGGCAGCGCCAGACGCCACCUUGGACGACGGGGUCAUCCAUCUUUUCUACGUCAGAGCAGGAAUAUCACGCACUGCUCUGCUGAGGCUUUUCCUAGCCAUGGAGAAGGGCGCACAUCUGGCUACUAACUGUCAACAUCUGGUGCACACCAAGGUGCGGGCGCUCAGGCUGGAGCCAUAUUCACCCAAAGGGAUAAUAACAGUAGAUGGAGAAGUGGUGGAGUACGGGCCGGUGCAAGCAGAGGUGCACAGAGGUCUGACGAGAUUAAUCACUGGAUGAACUGAACAAACACCACCAGCUUUUAUCUUUGCUGUUAAAGGUUGAAGGUGUUUAAUAAACAACUUUUAGCAUUUCAAAUGAAGAGGUACAGGAGCAAAGUUAUGGAUGUAAAACUCAUUUACUUUUAUCUGCAAUGUUAACCUCUCGGCCUGACACAGAAAACACAUGUGGGGGGGGUUGUUUUAUCUUUUUUUUGUAGAAAAUGCUGUGACACUGAUGGGAUAUUACAUGAAACAAGUGCCGUGUAUGGAGACUCAAAGUGUCCAAAAUUUGAUAAUUUGUCAAAGAUAAAUAAUCAUAGGAAAAAAUGCAGAGAAAGCAUAACAUAUAACCAUGAAAUCUUUUUUCAAAUUCAGCUUAUUGUUAUGAAAUUAUUUCAUCCUGCUGUUUUUUUACAAUAAGAGCAUUUGUGGCAGCCAAUUUUUAACAUUUCAAAAUGCCCUUUUUGCUAAAUUUGUUUUUAUUUUGCAUAUAUUAUUUAAAACUGUCUUUAUUUGUCAGUCAGGACAAACGGGGCAGAGCCUGUUAUGUGAUUAGUUUGGCUUGUUGAGACCAAAGCCACAUCACAUAACAGAGUCAGACUGAUGCACAAAGACCCACUAAAGUCCUAAACUAAGAUAUAUUUUGAAGAACUUAAAAAAAUAAAACUUGUUAAGACACUGACUUGUGCGCACAUAGUAAUAAAAUAUCACCCCUCAGGGCCUCCAUACUUUGAAAGGAAAAGGAAAAUAAAUAGUCUUACAAUACUAUUAUUGUGAAAAUUUCAUAAUGAUGAGCUUAGAUUUUAUUAAUGUAUUGAUGCAUUUCACUGUUUAAUACCUCUCUUUAUUUAAUAUUGAACACUUUCGAGUCUCCAUAGCCACUAUUGAACGUACUGUAGUAGAUAAUGUCAGCCUUGCUUUACAGGCACAAACACGAACACAUACAGACUCAUGUGGAGUGUUUCGCCUCCACGGAAAGAAAUUCAUCACUAUCUGUAGCCUGCGGUAUCUCAUCUUGUUUAUUGCUGCAUGGAGAGCAUUUCGUCUCUAUCCUGAAUCUGACAUAUGAGCCUGAAUUACAGCAUCUUACGCAACAGCGAAAGAUUGGAUUUAUGCCUUCACAGCUCCUCUGCAGUACGAUGGAGACAAUGUGUGUGUGUGAUGCGGUAAAUAUGAGGUAGUGGGGAUGUCAAUGUGGAGUCGCCAUCACCCUGGUUUGGAGGUGAUGAAGCUUUGUGUUUAUUGAAAACAAAGGGUUAGAAGUAGUUGAGUCACCAUCGGUGCUCAUCUGCUCUGCCAUGGCACACUGCUGAGUAACGUGGAGGACGGUUUACCUCCAGUUUGUGCUCCAGCAGGAGUAAAACAAAUCCCAAGAAAGCACAUUGCAGAACACAUUAUUAAAUAUAACUAUUUAUAUAUAAUUUAUUUCCUCAUAUCAAGGCUGUUUGGGAUGGUCUCACAGCCUGGUCACCAGACCAAUAUAGUGUCAGAUUAGUUGCCUUAAAAUCUUGUUGGCGUCAUCCUGGGUUCCUAAACCAAACAUGUUACCUUUGUUUAUUAAUCUUAUUAUUUUUAUUUUAUUCUGAUAUAAAGACACAACUCUUCGUAGUGAAGAAGUCAUGUUAAAGUCUCCAAGGUGCUACAGAAGCACAGGAGCAAUUAAAUGAAAGUGAACAGUGAGACUGCAACAUAUUUAAAGGGUCAGCUAACCCAAAUCCUUUUUUUUUUUUUUUUUUUUUCCUGUAGCAGAUCCUCCUUUUAGAUUCUAAUGUUUUAUGAUCAUUUUGGAGGAAAGUUUGUGAUGCUGUUGAACUGUAUUACAUUACCAUUAUCAUUAAUGACUAACUAAUAAAUAAAUUCCAGAGGCUGAUGUCAAAACCUGCUCAAAUAAGACCAGAACUAUCUGCAGGACUAGAUACUGUUAAAGGUCAAAGAAAAUACUGGAUGAACUGACCCUUUAAUCCAGCUAUUCAUUGCACUCUGCGUGAUCACAGGGUUUAUUUAAUUGUUUAAUUAAUUGGUGUUUUUCCUGUACCUGUGUAUCACUGACUAAAUUAGCAACCACUCUAUUGGAACUAAUGUAAGAAAUCACUGAAAUGAAGUAGAUACAAACAUGACAAAGAAAGUAGACAAGCUGAUGAUAACUGUGUGAAAGCAGCUGCAGCUCUGCUCCUGGUCAAGUGACUGACAUGUUUUAGUGCCUCAAUGUGCUCCACGGCUGCAUCCUCCCUCCCUCCAUCCCCGACAUCUCAUUCUUCUGCUUUCAUCCAUCCAUCCAUUCGCUGCUUUAAGUACUGCAGUGCUCUGCAGAGCAGUUUCUGGCCACAACUGCUCCUCACUCACACACACUCUGUCUCUGUCUCUGUCUCUGUCACACACACACACACACACACACACACACACACGCUUUCCCCCCAUGUAGGAUUUAUCAGCGAUCACCUCGGUGUCCUUACCAUUGAGCUUUAAGUUGCAUGGAAAUGGAAAUGAUGACUAAGGUUUGUGGCCUACACAAGGAAAAGUCAGAUGUUGUUUGACUGUUUAGUUUUAGGCUUUCAGAGUCAGGGUGAAAUGAGCUCUAGGUGGUCAUGCCUUAAACAGUGGGUCUGGGGGUUUAAGUUGGUUAAAACAGCACGGUGAGAGGGAGGGGGGAGCAGAGAGGGAAGAGAGAGGGAGAAGGAAAGGAGGAGGAGGGGGGAGAUAUUGACUUGUUAAAUGCUGCAUGAGGUAGGCGGCGUUGUGUUCCUGACUGGGCGCCCUCAUUCUUCCUCCUCACCGCAAGAAAUCCUGUGGGAGCAUUAGCAAACUGUCCUAACGCUGUGAGAAAAAAGAGGAGGUGAACACACACACACAGUAACAAUAAUUGUAAAAUUAGGAAAUGUGACACAGACAUUAUCGAACCAUUUUCUGGUUUUAAAUAGGAACAAGAAUGACAAAGGUCAGAUUUUGAAACCUUGACGUGCCUACAUGGCUGCAGUAAAAAAUGCAAAGAUGUUUGUGCUUCGUGUUUUAAAUCAACAUGCCACGAAUACAUUUGACACUGUAAAGACCAAAAUUAUUUUUUUCUAAACAGACAUUCUUUCAUACAUGUUUUUGCACACGUUUGUUGCCAGUGCCAAUGACAGAGUUCAUUUAACUGAUUCAUAGGCGCUAAUUUAGUUAGUUUAAAUUAUGUUUAUUCAUGACAAUAGGAAUUCAGUUGAGGUUAACAAGCACAUAAGAUGGAAACAGUACUUGAAAACAUGCUUGUUACAUUUUGUGUUUGCUGUUAUUUUAAGGGACAAAUGUGGUCUGUAGCACCAAAUCUCUGAAAGAAAUGCGGCCUCAAGAUGUAAAAAAAAUUUAAUUUUGAGCAGCAGAAAUAUAUAUUUUCUGCUUUUCAGUUGUUUUUUCCAGGUUUUUCCCCCCACAUCUAACAAAAUAAAUGAUACACUUUCUUUUUUAUGCCAGAGUGCUACAGACCACUUUUCUCAUCUUUUUAUUUUCUAUGCAAAGUCAGACUUCCUGUGUGUGAUGCAGCGGUCCUUUUAACUGUUUGAUGUGCCUUGAUUGUGCUGCCUCCUGGUGGUUUGAAUACAGCGGUGCAUUCACUGAAUUCACUGAAUGUGAAAAUCAACUCAUUAGUUUUCUCACCACAUUUUUUUUUAAAAACUGAAGAUUGAAGUCCUCUAGUAUGAACUGUUAAAUGAUGCUGCCUUUGCGCCGCCUCAUCAAUAACUAUAACUAAGAAUAACUAAGAAACUGGGGCGACAGAAUCUAGUUUCUCUCUUUAGGUCAGUAUGAUUGAAAGUCAGGUUGUCCCAGUUAAAUCAGACAAAUGAAAAAUCAGAUGACAAAGGACCUGAUGUACAUUCCUCUGCUGUUUGUCUUUACCUGCUGCUUCUGUUGAUUUGUGUGUUUUAAAUGUUUACGGUGAAGGGAAACUUUUUUUUCUUCCACACGGAAGAUUGAAUGAUUCUUUAUUCAAAGAGAGAUCUAUUUUUCCAUGUAGACAAAUGUCUGUAAUUUUCUAUCAUCAAGUUGAACGUCGAGUGUUUUUGAUUGAGAAAUAAAUGAUAACAAAAGA